UGUUCUUUCCCAUUUGUUAAACCUGAUGAUCUGGUGAUAUAUUGAUACAUAACAAACUGCCUGAAAACAGUUGCUUACCCUAGCAAUCAUUUUAUUAUACUUCACAAUUUUGUGGAUCAGAAAUUGGAGCAGGACUGAGCUUGCAAGGAUGACUCUACUGUUGAUAUUGAUAAAAAUCAAUUGGUGGUGUUCAUAUGGCAGAUGGGCUGGUUUAGUGAGUCUAAAACAAUCGUCUGUGUGUCAGACACUUGGACAGGGAUGACUGACUGAAAGGCUGGGCUCAGCUGGGGCUGUCAACCAAACUGCCCACGUGUGGCCUCUCUAGCAUGGCCGUCUCCAAGUUGAUAGACUUGGAUGGAAGCUCAGGGCUCCCAGAGAUUGUUCCAGGAUUCCCAGACAGGCAGUGUAAGCCCUAUGACCUAACCUUGGAAGUUCUAGAAUGUCGCUAAUGCUAUGUUUUAUCAGUUAAGCAAGUCACAGAGGAUUUAAGAGGGAGUGAAUUGGACUUCAGCCAUCAUUGGGAAGAGUGUUUUGUAAUAUUCCUGGUAUAUUAUACAGCAAAUUUGGCUGCACGAGGACAAAGGAAGGUUGAAAGUUAAUCAUUGGAGACAACUUUGGACCCUUCUCAUCCCAGGGAUGGCAGCCGAGGAAGAUGCUAAGGACUUCCCUGUUGUCCAGUGGCGAGGACUCUGCGCUUUCUCUGCAGAAGGUGAGGGUUCUAUCCCUGCGGGGAAACUAGGGCCCCAAAAGCAGAACAGUGUGGCCAAAAACCAGAGGUGCUAGGCUAAUUUGGGCUGCUGUUUGGAAACGUGGUUAUCAUUCAGUCAUCACAUAGUCAACAUUACCAGCAGACAAAAACGGAAUCCUUCUUUAGUUCAUUGCAUUAUGGAUCCAAGCCUUUUGAGAGAACGGGAGCUGUUCAAAAAACGAGCUCUUUCCACUCCUGUAGUCGAAAAACGUUCUGUGUCUUCUGAGGCGUCAUCAUCAAAGAAGAAAAAAGCAAAGCUAGAACAUGGAGGAUCAUCGGGCUCUAAACAAAAUUCUGAUCAUAGCAAUGGAUCAUUUAAUUUGAAAGCUCUAUCAGGAAGCUCUGGAUAUAAGUUUGGUGUUCUAGCUAAGAUUGUGAAUUACAUGAAGACACGGCAUCAGCGAGGAGAUACACAUCCUCUUACUUUAGAAGAAAUUUUGGAUGAAACGCAACAUUUAGAUAUUGGACUCAAACAGAAGCAGUGGCUAAUGAGUGAGGCACUAGUCAAUAAUCCCAAAAUUGAAGUAGUAGAUGGAAAGUAUGCCUUUAAGCCCAAGUACAACUUGAAAGAUAAGAAGGCUCUACUUAGGCUCUUAGAUCAACAUGACCAGCGCGGCUUAGGAGGAAUUCUUUUAGAAGACAUCGAGGAAGGACUGCCCAAUUCCCAGAAAGCUGUCAAGGCUUUAGGGGACCAGAUAUUAUUUGUAAACCGUCCUGAUAAGAAGAAAAUUCUUUUCUUCAAUGAUAAGAGCUGUCAGUUUUCUGUGGAUGAAGAGUUUCAGAAACUGUGGAGGAGUGUCACCGUGGAUUCAAUGGACGAGGAGAAAAUUGAAGAGUAUCUGAAGCGACAGGGAAUUUCUUCCAUGCAGGACUCCGGACCAAAGAAGGUGGCCCCGGUCCAGAGGAGGAAAAAGCCCGCCUCGCAGAAGAGGCGGCGGUUCAAGGCGCACAACGAGCACCUGGCCGGGCUGCUGAAGGACUACUCGGACCUGGCGCCCGGCAAGCAGUGAGCGCCCGGGGUUCCACGUCGAGCGCUUCCCCGGCGGCGCUGGCGUCUGCGGGCUGACCGUCUUCCUGUCCUCCUGCCCAGGGCCGACGAGAGGAGCAGUUCGGGCUACGGAGCUAGGGCACAUUACCAAACUCGAAGCUCGUUUUCCUUAACGGGCUAAUGAGAACGGUGCCGUCCCCUGUGACCCUCCGUCACUGCUCGGGGGAGCGGCGCUCAGCAUGGCGUGCAGGCAUCUUUGCUAUUUAUCGCUACUUCUGAGUGGCUCCUGUUCCAUUUUCCCCUCUUUUAUCACUUUAGAACAAGUUUGCUGGUAGUCUUGAAUGCAAUAUUUGUUUAUUCCAAAAGAUCAUAUUUAUAAUAAAACCAUUGUAGAAGGAGCUCUAA